AUGAUGACAUUAAUCAAAAUAAAAAAAACAGAUUAUGUAGAUUUAAAUUUUCGAAAUAUACCAGAAAAUGAUAUUAUUCAAAUACUUAAAGAACCAUUUUGUGGAGCUAUACAAAGUAUUGCUUAUGCAAAUAAACUAAAUGAAAUUCAAGUUUAUCGAAAAACAGUUAUGGAUGAAAUUAAAAAUGUUAUUAAAAAUCAUGAAUUUUCUAAAAAUAGAACUGAAAAAUGGAUAAGUGAAAGUUUUAGUAAAGUAUUAAAAUAUCAAAACAAUGGUGUACCUAUAGAAGAUCGUGCUGGACAAAGAAUAUUACAAUUAACUAUGGACAAACAUAAAUAUCAAGAGUUUCGUACAAAUGGUGUUAUUCCACAAUUUCGAUCAAAAGGCUUACGUAAAAGUGUUUAUAAUUUUGAAGAUAUUAAUGGUGGUGCUUGCCAAUCAAAAGCAUCAACAAUACGUACAAAUGUUAAAAGAAAUAUUGGUAUAAAUAAAAAUGAUAUUGACAAGUUUAAUGAAAAUAUUAAAUCAAUUAAUGUUCUUAAUCCAAGUGAUCCUUGUGUUAAAAACAAUUUUUUACGUUAUUUAUCAGAGAACAAGGUUAAAUUGAGUAUGCUAGCUAUAUCUAUUAUUUUUGAACUUAAUGAUUUAAUAGUAAUUUUAAUGGAUGAUAAUGGUCAAACAAUCGACAAAUUAAUAGUUCAAUUCUCACAAAUGGUUAUAAGUCACAUAGGAUCUUAUAUUAGUGGAGCUAUAGGAAGUUUAUUACCAGGUAUUGGUUAUUUCGUAAUUGAUAUUUUAGAUAGCAUUAUUUGUGGGUUUAUUGGAAAAGGAGUUCGAGAAUUAAUAAUUAGUUUAUUUCCAAAAGUAGAGCCAGGAGAAGGACCUUCAAUAUCAUAUUAUUUUUUAUUCAUUUAUGGAUCUAAUAAUUGUUUUGGUGCUCCUUUAAAUGAAUACAAUUUGGUAACAGCAUUGGGAAUUCCAAAAUCAGAUUAUAGUAUUAUUAUUGAUCAUGUAGCGCAUAGAUCACCUACAAAUAAUGAUGAAACUAAGUUCAUACGAAUGGCGUUUGGAGCACUAAAAUAG